AAAUACAUACUAACAUGCAUUUUUGUUUGUAACAGUUAUGCCAUUAUUAUGUGGGAAGUGAUGUCCAGAAAAAAACCAUUCGAAGAAGUUGUACAUUACUUGCAAAUUAUGUUUAGCAUGUCACAAGGAAAGCGUCCAGAUGUUGGGGAAGAGACUUUGCCCCUUGAUAUUCCUUACCGAGAAUUGAUGGUGUCUUUAAUGGAAUCUGCUUGGGCACCCAAUCCAGAGGAAAGACCAUCUUUUUCAAGGUGCUUAAUAGAUCUUGAAUCUGUGAUGAGGACCUUUGAAGAGAUACCUAUGCUUGAAGCAGUAAUAGAUUUAAAGAGGGCCAAAGCACACUAUGAAUGGAAUUGCAUUCAUUUGUCUAAGAAGAUAUCCAGUGAUGAAUCAAUAUCUUUAAAUAUACCACUGAACACUAGUACAAAAGAGGUAAAAUAUUUUGAGCGAGAGAGUCUCUUAAAAGAAGCUGAAAUUUUACAUCAGGCAAGAUUCAGUUACAUUCUACCAAUUUUGGGAAUUUGCAACGAACCUCAGUUUCUGGGUAUUGUGACUGAAUAUAUGCCUAAUGGAUCACUGAACCAACUUUUAUAUGAGAAAAACAUCUAUCCCGACAUUGCUUGGUCACUCAGGUAUCGCAUUUUGUAUGAAAUUGCUUUGGGAGUAAAUUAUCUUCACAACCUGAAUCCUCCACUCAUGCACCAUGAUUUGAAGACCCAGAAUAUUUUACUUGACAGUGAGUUCCAUGUUAAGAUUGCAGAUUUUGGUUUAUCAAAGUGGCGCAUGAUAUCCAUGUCACUUUCAAAAGGGGAUAAAUCAAUGUCUGAGGGAGGGACCAUCAUUUACAUACCACCUGAAUGUUAUAAUAGCAGCAAAAACCGUUCAAGUGUAAAGCAUGAUAUAUACAGACUUUAUAUUGAGGACUAUGCAGUCACAAGAUUUUGCUGUAGCUCAGAAUUGGAUCCAAACUAAAAGAGAGGAUAUUGUCCAUCAGAUGACUGACACUUGCAUUAACCAGUGUUUAGAUGCCCUUGUCGCCAGGGAUUUAAUCAUGAAAGAAGAUUAUGAACUCAUUAACACCAGAUCUACAAGGACCGCAAGAGUCAGGCAACUGCUUGAUACUACUGACAGUCAAGGAGAAGAAGUUGCUAGAAUCAUAGUACAAAAAUUGAAAGAUAACAAACAGAUGGGACUUCAGCCUUACCCAAAUAUACCGCCUGUAUCCAGGGGCACUUCUUUGCAUCUAUAAAUGUCAGGACUUGCAAUCUGGAAUUCUGUUUCUGAAGUAUCUCUUUUAUGUUUCUGCUGCAUGGCUCCAAACAGAGGGUCUUAGUUUGCUGGCUGAGGGGGAGGGCAUCUGGCAAAUGGAACUAUUACACAAUGUUCUUACAGUUUUUAAAAAUAACAACACACUUGGACUUCCUUAC